AUGCUCUUAUACCAGUCUUUUGUGACUCUAGCCACAAAUGACUCCUAUGUGAAAGGAGCACUGGUACUUGGUUCAUCCUUGCAACAGUACAGAACAACAAGGAAGCUGACUGCACUCAUAACUCCUCAGGUCUCAGAUCCUAUGAGGAGAGUGCUGGAAAAAGUCUUUGAUGAAGUCAUAUUGGUAAACAUCUUGGAUAGUGGGGAUUCAGCACACUUGGCGUUAAUGAAAAGGCCUGAGCUGGGUGUCACACUAACAAAGCUGCACUGCUGGGAACUGACACAGUUUUCAAAAUGCGUUUUCAUGGAUGCGGACACGAUGGUUUUGUCAAAUAUCGAUGAGCUUUUUGAGAGAGAAGAGCUGUCUGCAGCACCAGAUCCAGGCUGGCCUGACUGUUUUAAUUCUGGAGUUUUUGUUUACCGACCUUCUAUUGAAACAUACAAUCAGCUGUUACAGUUUGCCACAGAGAAAGGCAGCUUUGAUGGUGCAGAUCAGGGGUUAUUAAACAGCUUCUUCAGCAGCUGGGCAACAACAGACAUGAGCAAACAUCUACCAUUUAUUUAUAAUUUGAGCAGCACUUCUAUAUAUUCCUACCUUCCAGCAUUUAAAGCGUUUGGUGCAAAUACUAAAGUGGUACAUUUCCUGGGAAGUACAAAGCCAUGGAACUAUACAUAUGACUCCAGAACAAAAAGCAUAAAAGGCAACAUGGAUGACCCUAAAAUAGUUCACCCAGAAUUCCUCAACAUGUGGUGGGCUACCUAUACAGCUAAUGUUCUACCAUUAUUAGAACAGCAUGGAGUCGUUAAAGAAAUUCCUACAGGUGUAAACAUGGCAGAGGUUACAGAGGGAGUGUCCCACAUAUCAAUAUCAGCACCAUCACCAGUAUUACCAACUGUAUCUUCAGAAGAACGCAAGGAACGGUGGGAACAGGGUCAAGCUGACUAUAUGGGAGUGGAUUCCUUUGACAACAUCAAGAAGAAACUUGAUACCUACCUUCAGUAGAAAUGUCCAUCUCAAAGUGUUGAUGCAAGGACUUGUUCCAGAACUAACAGCUAGAAAGGUGUAGAUGGUGGUCAGUUACACUUGCUAGUAGCUUGAUGGAAAAACUUCUUGGCUAAAGGCCUCUGCAGUGCUACAGAUGAAGACUGAGCAAAAGCUAGGAAGCAGAAUUCCUUGGGCCACCUGUAACUGCCCAAUUUCCAAUUCUCCCUACUAGAUAAAACCAGGUAUUUUCAGCUUAAAUUUUCUUCUGUUGUGAUCAAUUGGCUCAACAUACUCCUUGAAACUGGGUUUGUUACCUCACCUCAUUAAGGUGAUUAGCAUUGAUUCCUUUGCUUGCUGUUCUAGAUCCAAAAUCUAAUUCAUGGGAUUGCUACUAAAGUGGUAGCCAUUCUGCUUUACCAUAAAUGUAUUAUUGACACUGGGGUACAGAUGUAACAGUAAUAGCACUGCUUUGCUCUUCCAGUCACAACUGCACUGAAGUUUUAACCAGGUUCUUACGCACAGUGCCUACAGCAUGGCAGAAUGCAUUUUUCAGUUCUGUAUACUACGGGACUAGUAAACUGAGUUUUAUCUGUUACUUGCAAUGUUGCACUUGAUACAAAAAUAAAGUUGUCAUGCUA